AAUACGAGAAGGAGAGAGGGCGUAAACCUUGCAGCGUACACACUUCGCGGCGAGAAUAGAUUUUUUUUACCGACAAUUACAUAUUACAUAGGACAAAUAUACUUGAUAAAAAAUAUAUUUAUUAUAUAUUCGUACAUAUAUAUAGUAACACGUUUUAUACGUGGCGCGACAAAGACGACGACGAGGAGGUAGUAAAGAUGGCUGCUGAGAAUGAAUCGACACCGCCGCUUUUUGACAAUUUCGAAAUCAAUAAAUCUGACGAUGCGCCUGGCUCGAAUCAACACAACGAAGACGAGGAGCAGGAUGACGAUGAUGACAUUUUUGCAUCGGCCGUCCAGGAUCAAAAUACCCUCGAUUCUUAUAACGGCACUUACGAAAAUCCUCUACCCAAAUUAUCUCUCCGUGGCUCCUCUAAAGAGGAAGGCCCACUGAGUGCUCAAAGAAAUUCAGCUAUCUCCGAUAUGGGUGAUUUGCACGAAGUACCCAUCAAUGAUAACAGCGACAAUCGAGAACAACGUUCCAGCUCUCACAUUCCUCAACUUUCUCGCUUGGAUGAGGUUUCUGCAGAUCCUAGUGAUGUAUCCUUGCAAAUAAGCGUCACAUCGCCGGUAAAAAUAGGUGAUGGAAUGGGAGCCUACGUGACUUACAAAGUCGAGACAAAGACCAAUAUGCCUGUAUUCCGGAAGAGAAGCUUUGGGGUAGCCAGACGAUUUAGUGAUUUCCUUGGUCUUCAUGAUAAGUUGACCGACAAAUAUUUGAGAAAUGGACGAAUCAUUCCACCCGCACCUGAGAAGAGUGUAAUCGGUACAACUAAAAUCAAAAUAUCAGGGGACAAAGUUCAAGAACAGAAUUCAAGCUCGACAGAAUUUAUAGAAAGACGAAGAGCAGCACUUGAGCGUUAUUUGAAUAGAACUGCAGCACACCCAGUUUUGAGCAUUGAUCCUGAUUUUCGAGAAUUCCUAGAAGCUGAUGAAGAACUGCCAAGAGCAACAAACACAUCAGCCCUCAGCGGAGCUGGAGUAAUGAGAUUGUUCAAUAAGGUUGGCGAGACCGUGAACAAAAUCACUUACAAAAUGGACGAAAAUGAUUCGGAAUUGGGUAAGUGGUUCGAAGAAAAAACCUUGCAAAUCGAUUCGCUCGAUUGUCAAUUGAGAGCUUUGCAUUCCGCCGUCGAAACUCUGACGAAUCAGAGAAGAGAAUUAGCCAAUUGUACAGGUGCAACCGCAAGAGCGAUCGCCGUUCUUGGACACGGAGAAGUGGGAGUUUCACUCGGACGAGCUCUUGCACAAUUGGCCGAAACUUUGGAAAAAGUUGAGGCUGUCAGACGUGCACAGAGCAACAGUGAUUUGUACCAAUUCGGGGAAAUGCUGCGAGAUUAUGUUGCACUCAUUGGAGCCAUAAAGGAUGUGUUUCACGAACGUGUCAAGGUCUUCCAAAAUUGGCAACACGCCCAAAUGAUGCUGAAUAAAAAGCGCGAACAAAAAGGUCGAUUAGAACAAUCUGGACGAAGCGACAAGACCGGACAAGCUGCAACGGAAGUUACCGAGUGGGAAGCGAAAGUUGAGAGAGGGCAAGAAGAAUUUGACAAUAUAUCGAAAAUGAUAAAGAAAGAGGUCGAACGUUUCGAGCUUGUACGAGUCGACGACUUUAAAAAACAGUUAACUGAAUACUUGGAAGUGAUGCUUCAGCAUCAGAACCAAUUGAUUAAACAUUGGGAAAGUUUUUAUCCGGAAGCUCGAGCUGUGGUUUAAAACUACCGCUUCAUUUAUAUAUAAAUAUUAUAUAUAUAUAUAUAUAUAUAUAUAUAUACACAGUUUCAUUGUUAUUUUUUCAUCCUACUAUGCGUUCUAUUGGAUUUAUUAGUGCACCUUUGUAAUGAGCAAUAUUGUUAAAACUUAUCAAAAUGCAUACGAUCAAUUUUUAUUGUAAAAUAUAAUAAAUCACGAGGUUUAAUCUUU